AUGGCGGACCGCGCAAAUUCCGAUGGGGCGCUGCUAGUGAGCAGAUGUUAUUGCGAGACUGGCCGUGAGAGACAUCACAUCCCGCAGGCAGUCCAGAUUCCAUUCGAAACUGAGCCAUUCUCAGGCGCCGGGGAUGAGAGCGACAACUCGGAUAUAACAGACGGCCCUGGCAACGCUGUGCCUGAGGCAUUGCUCCCCCAGUUGUACGGACCAGUCCUUGAAGACGGAGACGACCCAGCCGGGUUUUGGUUUGAAGUGGAUUGGGUUGUAGACGAGGGCGACGAGGGCGACGAGGGCGACGAGGGCGACGACAUUGAUGUCGACGAAGCACCUGAGCCAAUGGCCCACGAAUCUGAUAGCGACGAAGCACCUGAGCCUCCGGCCCACGAAUCUGAUAGCGAAGACGACGAGGAGCCUCCGCAGAUUGCCACAUGGCGGCUUAAUCUCACCGCUCUAUCCCACGUCAGCAAUUUCUAUGUCGUGGCAUAUAGAAACAAGAUUUAUAUAUCGCGGCCGCGUAGCUGUGUCACCAGUGCUCUGCCAGCGAAGCCGGAUCUUGUUCUGAAGCCUCCACAAAGUAGCGAAGGCAUCGUGGUGGGUGGCCAUGUGGAUGCCAAUUUCCCACAUCAGGUCAACCAUCUUAUCAUCAGCGACUUUGGGGAGGAGGAAAUCCUUCUACUCGCCUACGAUGACGGUGAUGUGAUCGCCUACUACACCCGCCACAUUGAGCAUGAGCUUCUCCGCCUUGAGAGUGGCGAUAUACAGGGUAGCUCAGAGAUAUCUCCUCAACCCUUCUUCCAUGAAAAUGUUGGCAAGUCGGCAUGGGGCCUUGCAGUUCACAAGAAAUCUCGCCUCAUUGCCGUUGGCUCCAAUGCCCGCGAAGUCAGGGUAUUUAUAUUCGCCAUAACAGGAUUUGAAUGCAUACAUCCGCGGGGACCGAUCCCAGAGCUUUUCAGAGAGCUCGUCAAAUAUGAGCACGGUACGCUCUGGCCCGAAGAACCACCUGCCGAUUGGGGCAAGGGACCAGCCGAAAAAAUGGAAUAUAUGGUGAGGCGUCGAGAGAUGAACUGGUGCCUUAUCCUAGCAACGCGAUCGCUGGGGCACAAUAUCCCAAACGUCGCAUUCGCUGAUGACACUGCUGGAGAGGCCGACAAAGUCGCAGCAAUAGACGUCAAGGGGACCCUCUGGUUGAUGGACAUCUGGAAUUUGUACAAAAGUCCUCACACACGGAUCCCAGGUGUACAUCGUGCACAUGCCCGGGCACCUGACGCACCUGAUUUGCUACCCCAAUAUCCUCUGGGCUGGGGCGUCCUCGUUUUGCCCAACAGUAGUUUUAUGCCAAUGAGGGACUACCACGGCUGCCUUGGACUGAAGCCAUCUGAUGCGAGAUACGUGUCAAAUGAUAGGAUCGGUCGUUGGAUUGAUACUAGCGACGGCCUUUAUCAUUUGCAGAAUAACUCAAUAGAUCAUCCAUGGGUGAGAUCGGGCGACACGCGACACUUCGCCAUAAACAUCGGAGAUCAAGGAGCGAGCCCGUCUCGAUGGUAUAACCACUCGGAAGGUAAAGCGCUACAAGAAGAUGCCGCGCCGGGCACUGCUCCGAGUGCAACCAGACGUUCGCUAGUAUGCCCCGUUCUGAAAGAUGGAAGCUCCAUCAUGCGCACGUACGAGAUGGACAUUGAACUUCGCAGUCCUGAAGACGGUGGUGUGGGUAUAAUGUGUGAUAAAGUCACGGUGCAGAAUCGGCCACAGGGGGCGGUUUUACCGUCGAUUGGGAUAUCACAUGAGCGGCUGGCCACGUUGAUACAUGUACCAGAGCUGUCACUUGUCGUGGCGGGCUCCAUGUGCGGGCGAGUGGUUCUCAUCACCUUGACUCGUCCCAGUUCUGAAAAUGUCGCCUUCGAUACUGGCUUCAAAAUCGACAGAAUCAUCCCGACCAAACAGGAAGAGGACGACCAGCUACGACCCAUCUGUCCACUGCUGGGGGUAGCGAUCGCACCGAAGCCCUUCUUCCGGAAGCCGGGAAUGGCCGGUGAACCACAAGGUCCGCCGCGAUUCCGGCUCAUGCUCCAUUACUAUGACCUUCGGAUUCUGAGCUACGAGGUGUAUCGCAACCUGGCAACAGGGGAUCUGGGGGUGGGAGAGUUGUCGUUCUUCUGA